GGCGAGUACGACGGCCAUGGCGUCCUCCGUUAUCCGGACGGCGAUGUGUACGAGGGCGGUUUCGUCGACGGCAAACGUCACGGCCACGGCCUCGAACGCGACAAGAAAGGCCGGAUUUUUUUUGAUGGGUUUUUUGAGGACGGCUUGCGGCAUGGCCACGGCAAGAAAACGUCUUCUAAUGGCACUACUUAUACGGGCGAAUGGGUGCGCGGGGACAAGAAGGGGCCGUUCGCAAUCACUUGGGCCGACGGC